UCCAGAAAAAAAUGCUGCGCACGGCUCUCGCUCUGCGGCCGCAGCUGCCGCGACGCUUGAGGGGCUCGCAUGCAGAGGCGCUGGUGACGGAGCUGGAGGAGCUCAAGCGGCGCGCCAAGCGGCGGAGCGAGCGCGCGGACUCUCUUAGCGAGCAGAUGCGCGAGGAGCGUGUGAUGCACGCGCUGCGGAUUGCAAACUGCGAGGGCCCUGACCCGGCGGUGCUGCGCGAGAUCGAGACGCUCAAGCUGGGCCGGCGCAAGCACUGGCACGAUCAGAAGCGCGCCUCGCAGCUCAAGGCGCGCGUCGCCCGCCGGCACGCCUUUGAGGCGCAGGAGGUCGGAAAGACGGGCGGGCUGGCGCUUGAGGACCUGGACAAGGGCAACCGGAACGGUCGGCCCGAGGUGGCGCUGCUCGGCCACUCCAACUGCGGCAAGUCGGCGCUACUCAACGCGCUCAUCGGCGCAAAGGCGCGCCGCGGGCCCGCGGAGGUCGACUCGCGCGCCGGGUGGACGAUGCGGCUGCACUUUUACUGGGCGCGGCCUCGCGGGCUUCUCGACGAGGCGCACGCAGGUUCGCAGCAGGGGUUGGUGCUGGUCGACACGCCCGGGUACGGGCACGCGGUCGCCGGCGCGAAGGAGCUCCGUCACUGGCGCGACCUCAUCGAGGCUUACGUGAGCAGCUCGCCCUCCCUCCGCCUCGCGCUGCUGCUUGUCGAUUGCUCGCGAGGGCUCUGCGCCGCCGACGGGCGCGUGCUGCGGCUGCUGCGUAAGCGGCGCGUGCCGACGUUCGCCGUGCUCACAAAGUGCGACCUGUUGCCGCCCGCCGAGCUGGCGCGCUCUCACGCCAUCGUCUCGGCGCAAGUGGACGAGGCGCUCCGCAACGGCGCCGCGCCGAGCCGCGCGGACGCCGCGCCGGCCGUGCCGCUACUGAUGCUCUCGUCGCACUUUUACUCCGGCAUCGAUGGGCUGUGGGAGAGGCUGGGCGAGACGCUGCAUCGGCAAGAGGCGGAGCGGCUGGCGAGGCUACAGCAGGAGGCGGAGGAGGGGGAGGCGGCCGCUGCAGCCGAGGAGGGGGAGGUUGCUGCUGCGGCGCCCGUUCAGCGCCGGCGCGGCGAACCCGGGCGGUUGAUGGUAAGGAUACGGCGAGAGCGAGAGCGAGGCGAGAGCACAACAUGCGAUCUCUGAAUUGAUUGUGUGUGGACUUCAUCGCAUCGCAUCCGCCUUGAAAGUCCGCGUUCGUAAAGAUUUUACGAAUGCGCGCGCCACUUAUCAGAGUAACC